CUCGCGCGGAACGGUAACGUUGGCUGGUAGCGCGUGUCUCUUGAGCGGAUCGACCGGUUUGUUGUGUAUGCGCGCGCGCGUCCGCUUUCGUCGUCCACGGUUACCGUGGUGGAAAUUGUUGAUGGUACCAAUGUGAUGUUACAUUCUUAACGCUGCACGUUCGUGUAACCCCUGAGCUGUUGUGUGAUAAUUGUGCGCUUAAUUGUUGGUGUGUUUGUGUUUGUGUGAGAAGGAAAAGAAUCUACACUACCAUCAGCAGCAGGUUCCAGAUCGGGGAUCCAGGUUUUGUGCACCCUCUAGUGCAACGGCUUAGUGUUCGUGUUGUGGUGCGCGCAAUCCUAGUGUUUUCGAUCGCCAAAGGUGAACCAGUGCCAGAGCUGGCAAAAAGUGUGUUGCGGCAGUGUGUGGGAUUCGUUCGCGCCGUAGCGUUUGGCCGGUCGUUGGCCUGCCGGAUGAUAAGUGUUGUUUGUGUGCGAUGUUGUGGUAGGUUUAUGGAGUGUGCGUCUGUGGCUGUGUGUGUGUGAGUUGUGGCUUGUUGUUAUAAAUUUUACUUCAGUGUUGGCAAGGUUCCUCUAAGAAAAAGUGGAAGUGACGCAAAGGUGUAAGGAAAUGUGCCCCUGGAAUUGCAAAGAAAUAAUCAAUUGAAAUUACCUGCCAGUGAGAGAGUUACCGAGAAAAUCGAGAAAACAAGAAAAUUAUAUAACUAUGCUUAUCAUAUAAGCAGAGGAAUCGAGCGAUAUUGAACUGCAAAGUGAUACGACGGUGCAUAAGGGCAGCAUACAGUGCCGCGCGACAGUGCAGCGCUGCAGCACUCCCCGUUUUGCAGCAGCAAGGGCAACUCAGCGGCAAUGUUAUGUUAAGCUCGUGAAGCACCUUGCAUCAUCGGAAAACACCCAGCACAGAACGGCGGCUUGUGAUGUGAGCUCGACAUAACCGCACGACAUCCCGCUAAAUAUGAACUGCACCGCCAUCAAUAGCAACCAGAUCGAAACGACACCAAACAACCUGCCCCGGCUGAUGGGGGGCAUGGGCACGGCGACACCUCUGUCCACCAGCCACACACCAACCAGCCGCACGGCCAAAGCGACCAUCUGCAGCGGCCCGGGCGGUACGGGCGGUAGCGUAGGGACGACCGUGUUCUUCCACCGCACCACCAACAACCUGCUGGAUGUGCCGCGCACCGCCAACAGCUCCGAGGAGGAAAACUCACCGACGGAAUUGAACACCUGCCGCAAGCUGACCGAAAAGCCCCCGCUGGUGAAACGACUAACGAUGGGUAUCCUCAGGACGGCCGAAGAUAGCCGACCGCUCGUGCACAGUUCGUCCUCGCCGUCGAGCUCGUCCAGCUCCUCCCAGACGAUCUCGGACGGGUACGUGAACGAGGGCAUCUGUGCCGACACGGCCGAGACAACGCUCUCGACGACAGUGUUCACUACCUGCAGCAGCAACAGCAACAAACUGUCCGGUUCGGCAACAUCGGCCACCAACACCACCACUCCGACGAUGGCCGCUGGCAGCAGCACAAUGCGAAGUCCGCUCACGCCGGGAACGUCGCUGGGUGCAGCGGGAACCAGCAUACUGUUCGAUGCCGGUGGCCCCCGCUACAAUCAUACGGCGACCACCCUGCUCUACCCACCGGCCGUUCCGCUGCGCAACGAUAGUCUCAGCCUGAAGGAACAGCACGAGCUGAAAGGGGCGCCCUGGUUCCAGGCGGGCAUACCGCGCGAAAUUUCGCUCGAGGUGCUUUCGCGCCAAAACCCGGGCGCAUUCCUGGUGCGCCAAAGCACAACCAAACCGGGCUGCUUCGCGCUGUCGCUACGUGUACCGCCGCCGGCCCCGAAAGUGGCUCACUAUCUAAUACUAAGAACGAUACGGGGUUAUAAAAUUAAGGGUUUUACGAAAGAGUUUACAUCCCUGAGGGCACUGAUAACGCAUCAUUCGGUGAUGCCGGAGCUGUUGCCCGUGCCGCUAGCACUACCGCGACCGCCCCAGAUCGUUCACCGGCAGGAAGACCCGGAGACGUACGGUUCGCUGAACGACUUUCAGAACAUGAUUACCGAGUAACUGAUUUCGGAACGCACGACGUGUUUCUUUCCUGUUUCUUGAUGUUGAUUAGAAAAAGAGAGGCGAAGAAGAAGAGGUUAAUUAAAUCCCACAAAUCGGACACAGUUGGAAGUGGGAAGUAAGCGAUAUGUUUUGCAUUUAUUCGUUUCGUUCUAUACUUUUUCUCAUUGCCUCUGGUUAGCCAAAACGUCUGAAUAGUCUCGAUCGAAACAGUUCUACAUUAUGUUACGGACCAACACUCGGAACUAGAACUAGAAAAAGUACACCAUAUUUUACGCCUUUCUCCUUAAAGUUGGUUUUAAAAAGUGACCUUACUAUGUUCUGCCUAAUGCUUUAAAUUUCCUGGCCAAUUGCUGGUAAAAUACUCUAUAAAAGAGAAUCUUAAUACUGUAAAACCGGUUCAUUUAUUACAGAAACGGGGAAAAAGGUACAGAAUGGAACACAAAAUUAAGAGAACGCUAGUCAAAAGGCAGAUCGAACAAGAAGGAACGCUUCGGGACAGGUUUGAAAAGAACGUGAUAGUCUGUAUGUAGAAUGCGAGUGUAAACAAAACGCUAUACAAAAUAGUAAAAUAAUUCAAAAGAUUAUUAAAAGAAGCAAUAUUGUUGGAAAAGAAACGGUAACUCAAAAUUAUAGCCCAAGCGAUAAAGGAUGAGGAGAGAAGUAAUGUAGAAAAUGAUACACGAUAAUAUAUAAAAUAAGAAACACGAUAAGGUAAAACAGACAAAGCAGUACGGCAAAAGAAAGAAGUAAGAACAAGAACAAACAAAAGAUAGACAACAGAAAAGAUAACGAAAAAAGCAAUGAAACAACGGCAUAUGUGAAUGAAAAUACCAAAAAACAGCGUAACUGACACCCGGUUAGGGAAGAAUGAGUGCAUUAUUUAAUGUUGUAUUUUAAUUGUACGAUAGAGAGGCCGAACGGUAAGUUGGUUGUAGAGCUAGGAACUCAUGUAGCAUUGGGUACGAAAAACGGAUGAUAAAUUUCUCACCAUUUUGUACGGUGUUAUACGUUACGAGUGUUGUGGUUUGAUAUGGCAAUACACUGGAGGAUGAUAGUGGUUAGUAAAGAUUUGAUUCCUAUCGUUGCAUUCACCCCACGACGAUGACGCUGGGGAGCUUAUUGUCAAUCACAUCUUCGUUGUUUUGAAUACGUUACGCGACUAGUUUCGCUUGCGUCUAGUUUUCAUACGUGUAAAGGGAGGUACAGUUUAAAAUUCAAGCCAUGCAAAGCACUGUGUUAUCCAUUUCUUUUGCAAAGCCGGUAGUACAGAGGGCAGAAGGAUUCGCAAUGAGUUUUAGCAAUGUUCGUUGGCUUGGUAUGUGCAUUUUUUACUUCAUCUAUACUUGUUCGAACUAAUUAACACGGUGCACAGUAAAGAACAGACGGAUCUUUUGCUCCACUACCCCUACCAUGCCUACCAUACUAAGGAAGAUUCGUUGGCCUCUAAUUAGAUAAUGUUUAGUGAUCUGAUGCAGCAAUAAAAAUGCAUUAACAAUAAUAGGAGUGAAUGGUCAAUUACUCAGCAGUAUCACACACUGCAGAAGGUGAUUACGGUUUUAACGGAUUAAACGGUUGGUUUUCAAUGGCAGAAUAUUCUCACAAAGUUUUUCAAAAGCCUUUCCCUUCAUCUUUCUACAGUUCACCAUUAUCCCUUAUAUGACUAACUAGUCCGAUGUAUUUCCACGCUUUCCAUUUCCGUACCUUCCUGCUACGCUAAUUGUGCUAAUAAAAAACCACACAACGUGACCCAUGCAGGAACUAAAUAUAUAAUACAAACCAUAACCGAA